UUGGGCGGGGCUAGGUGGCGGCCAGGAGGCUCAUCCCCGGUGUCAUGGCGUCCUAACAGCAGCAGACUGAAUGAGAGCAAAAACAAGCUUUUUUGUCUCCGAGGCCCGACACGCUAUCGCCCUUUCCGCGAGCUCACGUCUCCACCGAGGGGCUCGGCCUCGCUCUUCGCCGCCCACGGCCGCCCUCCGGCAGCCAGGAUACACUUGAAUUUUCAGCGUUAAAUCCCGACCCCGACGUGAACGGUGGAAGAUGGCCGACCCGGCGGAGUGCACCAUCAAAGUGAUGUGCCGUUUUAGGCCGCUCAACAGCUCCGAGGUGACCAGAGGAGACCGAUAUAUUCCCAAGUUCCAAGGGGAAGAAACCGUUGUCAUCGCGAGCAAACCGUACGCGUUUGACCGAGUCUUUCAGUCCAGCACGACACAAGAGCAAGUCUACAAUGCCUGUGCCCAAAGGAUUGUAAAAGAUGUUCUGGAAGGAUACAAUGGAACAAUUUUCGCCUAUGGCCAGACAUCCUCUGGAAAGACACACACUAUGGAGGGGAAUCUCCACGACACAGACGCAAUGGGCAUCAUUCCCAGGAUAGUUCAAGAUAUUUUCAACUACAUCUAUUCCAUGGAUGAAAACCUGGAGUUUCAUAUCAAAGUGUCCUAUUUUGAAAUUUACUUAGACAAAAUCCGGGACCUUUUGGAUGUGUCAAAGACCAAUCUGUCAGUGCAUGAAGACAAAAACAGAGUACCUUAUGUCAAGGGCUGCACUGAGCGCUUUGUCUGCAGUCCAGAUGAGGUCAUGGACACCAUUGAUGAAGGCAAAUCCAACAGACAUGUAGCAGUCACAAACAUGAAUGAGCACAGUUCCAGGAGUCACAGUAUCUUCCUGAUCAACGUCAAGCAAGAGAACACUCAAACAGAGCAUAAGCUCAGCGGCAAGCUCUACCUGGUGGAUCUGGCUGGAAGUGAAAAGGUCAGUAAAACAGGAGCAGAGGGAGCCCUGCUGGACGAAGCAAAGAACAUCAAUAAGUCACUGUCGUCCCUCGGUAAUGUCAUAUCGGCCCUGGCUGAAGGAACGGCCUACAUCCCGUACCGAGACAGCAAGAUGACACGUAUCCUUCAGGACUCACUGGGUGGUAACUGUCGAACCACUAUCGUCAUCUGCUGCUCGCCUUCCUCAUACAAUGAGUCUGAGACCAAAUCUACCCUAAUGUUUGGACAAAGAGCAAAGACCAUCAAGAACACUGUCACUGUGAACGUAGAGUUGACAGCAGAACAGUGGAAGCAGAAGUAUGAGCGGGAGAAAGAGAAGAACAAGACCCUUAGGAACACAGUCACCUGGCUGGAAAAUGAGCUCAACCGCUGGAGGAAUGGGGAGAGUGUGCCGGUGGAAGAGCAGUUUGACAAGGAAAAGGCCAAGGAGGAGGUGCUGGCGUUGGACAACAUCAUCAAUGACAAGCCGGCGUCCACACCCAACGUGCCCGGCAUCCGUCUCACCGACGUGGAGAAAGACAAAUGUGAGGCCGAGUUGUCCAAACUCUACAAGCAGCUAGACGAUAAGGAUGAAGAGAUCAACCAGCAGAGCCAGCUGGCCGAGAAGCUGAAGCAGCAGAUGCUGGAUCAGGAGGAGCUCCUGGUCUCCUCUCGUCGUGAUCACGAAAACCUCCAGUCUGAGCUGAACCGUCUGCAGGCAGAAAACGAGGCCUCCAAGGAGGAGGUAAAAGAGGUACUGCAGGCCCUGGAGGAGCUGGCCGUCAAUUAUGACCAAAAAAGUCAGGAGGUGGAGGACAAGACUAAGGAGUUUGAAGUGAUCAGCGAGGAGCUGAGCCAGAAGUCGUCCGUCUUGUCAUCUUUGGACUCCGAACUGCAGAAGCUGAAGGAGAUGUCCAACCACCAGAAGAAGCGGGUCACUGAAAUGAUGUCGUCUCUGCUUAAAGAUUUAGCUGAAAUUGGCAUUGCUGUAGGGAGCAAUGAUAUCAAGCAGCACGAGGGCGGAAUGAUCGACGAGGAGUUUACAGUGGCGCGCUUGUACAUCAGCAAAAUGAAGUCAGAGGUGAAGACCAUGGUGAAACGCUGCAAGCAGUUGGAGGGCACCCAGUCGGAGAGCAACAAGAAAAUCGACGAAAACGAGAAGGAGCUGGCCACCUGCCAGCUACGUAUCUCGCAGCACGAGGCUAAAAUCAAGUCCCUGACUGAGUACCUGCAGAAUGUGGAGCAGAAGAAGAGGCAGUUGGAGGAGAAUGUGGACUCUCUCAAUGAGGAGCUGGUCAAACUCAGCGCUCAGGAGAAAGUCCAUGCUAUGGAGAAGGAGAACGAGAUCCAGACUGCCACUGAAGUCAAGGAAGCUGUGGAUAAGCAGAUCCACUCUCACCGUGAGGCGCACCAGAAGCAAAUCAGCAGCCUCAGAGAUGAGCUUGACAACAAGGAGAAGCUCAUCACCGAGCUACAGGAUUUGAACCAGAAGAUCAUGCUGGAACAGGAGAGGCUGAGAGUGGAGCACGAGAAGCUCAAAUCCACCGACCAGGACAAGAGUCGCAAACUGCACGAGCUCACGGUGAUGCAGGACAGGCGGGAGCAGGCCAGGCAGGACCUGAAAGGUCUGGAGGAGACAGUGGCCAAGGAACUGCAGACCCUGCAUAACCUGAGGAAGCUUUUCGUCCAGGACUUGGCCACUCGAGUGAAAAAGAGUGCCGAAAUGGACUCUGACGACACUGGGGGCAGCGCGGCACAAAAGCAGAAAAUUUCCUUUCUUGAGAACAAUCUUGAGCAGCUCACCAAGGUUCACAAACAGCUUGUGCGUGAUAACGCAGACCUUCGGUGUGAGCUUCCUAAACUGGAAAAGCGCCUACGUGCUACGGCUGAGCGGGUCAAGGCCCUGGAGUCUGCACUGAAGGAGGCCAAGGAGAACGCCGCCCGCGACCGCAAGCGGUACCAGCAGGAGGUGGACCGCAUCAAGGAAGCCGUUAGGGCCAAGAACAUGGCCAGGAGGGGACACUCGGCCCAGAUUGCCAAGCCCAUCCGGCCUGGGCAGCAGCCGGUGGCGUCCCCCACUCACCCGAACAUCAACCGCAGUGGAGGAGGCUUCUACCAGAACAGCCAGACUGUGUCCAUCAGGGGCGGCGGCACCACCAAGACCGACAAGAACUGAAGCGCGAGCAGGAAAUGAGGACACCGCAGAAGAAGCCAAUAGCAACCAACCGCGCCUCCCCCAUCUCCCGAGAGACCCUGCCAUCCUAGCCGCCAACCUGUCAAACCUGUCAUUCCUUUACAGCAGACAGGCUCCUCGUUUCUGCCUCCGAGCCGCCAAGAAGUCUCUGAUUUAUAAAUAUAUAUACAUAUAAAUAUACCUGGCUGUACAGCUCUAAGCAUUCACUCCCUGCUUAAACCCCACCACCUCCCAAGCACCUUCCUCUCAUCACGAUGCAUCACUUCCUUCCAUAAUAACAAAAAGACGGUGAGUUUACAGAAGUUAAUAAUUGUUUCCACUCAACCAACCAAACAGUCUUGAGCGCAGCCUUGGCGAGCGAAACUGCACGCGACUUGAAUGUGUAGCUUUCCUUUUUUUUGUUUUUAAAUUCAGUUUUUUUUUUUUGUUUAGUUUAGUUUUUUUGCACAUGACUGUCAUCGUCGUGCGAGUAGUUUUGCACUGCCCCGAGCUGAAUGUAACGGUAGCAAGACCUGAACAUUACACAAAGAAAGACCAAAAAUAGACCUUAUCCUAUCGCGAGACCUAACUCAACCUUUUUAGGCCAACCUCUGUACAUUUGAAAAUUAGCAGCACACUUCUCACGGUAGAUUUGACAUACUUCUUUAAGGGGGAUAUAUAUAUAUAUGUAUAUAUA